UAAAAAGAUUGCUUGAGUUCAAACAAGCAGAGAUUGUUGUCCCCGGUCAGGGUCCUGUAAGCAAUCAAGCAAACUCAUUGCAGGACUUUGGCCUGGAAAACCCCUUUUUUGUUCCCCCUUUUGCCACCACAAUCGAAACAUAAACCCCAAAGCAAAAGGGUGCUAAACAUGGUCAUUUCGAAACCCCAAAGUUUUAGCCUAUUCUUGUUGUGCUUGUCCUUUGUUGGAAUCCAUGCUCACAUUGCAGUGUACGAUGAUUAUUGGAGGGAACGUGAAUCGCAAGCAAAAGAAAAUCUUGAAAAGGCCUAUAACCCCAACCCAGAAAAUGUAACCAAGCAUUUCAAUGACCAUGUUGCUAGGACGUUGAUGGGGUUCAAUACCAGCACCACAAGACGAGCUAUGAAAAGAAAGGAUAAAAGGGCUCCAUGCAUGGCAACCAACCCCGUCGAUCAAUGCUGGCGGUGUGAUCCAAACUGGCUGAGAAACAGAAAGAAGUUGGCUGAUUGCGCUAUCGGAUUCGGGAAAGGUACCAUCGGUGGACGGGACGGAGAGAUUUAUGUUGUCACUAGUCCCUCCGAUGAGCCGCUUGACCCUAGGCCUGGUACCCUACGUUUUGGUGUGAUCCAAAACGUGCCACUUUGGAUCAUCUUUGCAAGAAGCAUGAUCAUCACGCUGAAAGAGGAGCUCCUCAUCACAUGCGACAAGACCAUCGACGCUAGGGGAGCCAACGUGCAUAUUGCUUAUGGGGCAGGUCUUACCGUCCAGUUCGUGAAGAACGUCAUCAUCCAUAACCUCCAUAUCCAUCACAUUCUUCCCAAGAGUGGUGGCAUAAUCAAGGACGGUGCGAACCACUUUGGAUUGAGGACAAGGAGCGAUGGUGAUGGGAUUUCCCUCUUUGGAAGCACCAACGUUUGGCUUGACCAUCUUUCCAUGUACAAAUGCUCCGAUGGUCUCAUCGAUGUUGUUCAAGGUUGUACCGCCAUCACCAUUUCCAACUGUCAUUUCACCGAUCAAAACGAUGUGAUGUUGUUCGGAGCAAGCGACAGCUACAGUGCGGACGAGAAGAUGCAGGUCACAGUUGCUUUCAACCAUUUCGGUAAGAAAUUGGUACAGAGGAUGCCUAGGGGCCGAUUCGGUUUCUUCCAUAUCGUCAACAACGAGUACACUUAUUGGAACAUGUAUGCCAUCGGAGGCAGCAGCCACCCUACGAUUAUCAGCCAGGGAAACCGAUUCAGAGCUCCGGUUAACAAAGCAGCCAAAGAGGUGUGCAAGAGGGAAUAUGUAGGACCGGAAGUGUGGAAGCACUGGAACUGGAGAUCAGAAGGUGACUUGAUGUUGAAUGGUGCUAUUUUCAUUCAGUCCGGUGAUCCGAACACCAGCAAGAAAUACGGAGGCGACAAAUUGAUUGCAGCUCAGCCGGCUCAUAGGGUGCCUUUUAUGGUCAAGUGGUCUGGAACACUUAUAUGCGUCCCAGGCAGGGCUUGCUAAACCACUGGCGUAUAG